CACGGACUCGAACGUUCGUCUUUCCAACUUUUCGACGAGCGGUUCACCGCCAACGGAAAAUAUCGACCCUACGCUGAUUCUAACUUUUAUUCGACACGGUCAAUUUGGAAAGAAAGUGUAAAAAUAACGAGUUCGAUCCGAAGACUUGAAAUUUUACCCUUUUUUUUAACUUUGUUGUGUUUUUUUUUCUCUAAAUCUAGUCACCAAGAGGAAUGAGAUGUCCUGCCAGCUGAUGAUACCUUAUAACAUUAACACACACAUACAUUGUUAGAUCGUUUUGUUGAAAAUUAUUUAAAAAAAGAACCCGGUUCGUAUUCGACGUUUUUCACGUUUUUCUGACUUGACAGCGCCGGAAACAACCUCGUGCCAGGUUAUUGACAGUUUCACCUCAGAGAUCUUCAUACAGGAAAGUCGUUUCGUCCACUUGGAAAUGACAAGUUUAUAAUUUUUACCUAGUAUAAAUCUCAAUAAGUUUUCAUCUAGACGAAACGCCGUCGUUAGGUCCGGUUAAGAUACAAAAAGUAAAACAUGAGUGCUGGGAGCACGCUGCAGAAAGCCAUUGACCUGGUAACAAAAGCGACAGAAGAAGACAGGAAUAAAAAUUAUGAGGAGGCAUUACGUCUUUACGAGCAUGGUGUCGAAUAUUUCCUUCAUGCAAUCAAAUAUGAGACAAACAGCGAAAGAGCUAAGGACAGUAUCAGGACAAAAUGUUCACAGUAUCUUGAAAGGGCAGAAAAGCUGAAAGAAUAUCUGAAGAAAGGGAAAAAGAAACCUGUCAAGGAUGGUGAAGGUGCACCAAAAUCGGAUGAAAAGAAGAGUGACAGUGACAGCGAUUCUGAUGACCCAGAAAAAAAGAAACUACAGUCAAAACUUGAAGGUGCUAUUGUAGUGGAAAAACCAUGUGUCCAAUGGUCGGACAUAGCAGGCCUAGAAGUCGCUAAGGAAGCUUUAAAAGAAGCUGUUAUUCUACCCAUCAAAUUUCCUCAUCUGUUCACUGGUAAAAGAAUUCCUUGGAAAGGAAUUCUACUUUUUGGACCCCCUGGUACUGGUAAAUCAUAUCUUGCCAAAGCAGUUGCUACAGAAGCAAAUAACUCGACGUUCUUUUCUGUAUCUUCGUCCGAUCUUGUUUCAAAGUGGUUAGGUGAAUCAGAAAAAUUAGUGAAAAAUCUUUUUGAAUUAGCAAGAUCACACAAACCUAGUAUAAUAUUUAUUGAUGAAGUCGACUCGCUUUGUUCAUCCAGAUCAGACAAUGAAUCUGAAUCUGCAAGACGAAUAAAAACAGAGUUUUUAGUUCAAAUGCAAGGUGUUGGAAAUUGUAACGAUGGGAUCCUUGUCCUUGGGGCUACAAACAUCCCUUGGGUUUUGGAUGCUGCUAUAAGAAGGAGAUUUGAAAAGAGGAUUUUUAUCCCAUUGCCAGAAGAACAUGCAAGACUGCACAUUUUCAAAUUACACCUUGGGAACACAUUCCACGAACUCACAGAGGAAGAUCUCAAAAAACUUGCUGCCCAGACAGAAGGGUAUUCUGGUGCUGAUAUUAGUAUAAUAGUACGAGAAGCGUUGAUGAGACCAGUAAGAAAAGUGCAGACUGCAACUCAUUUCCGUCGAUUGUCAGGCCCUUCAAGAACUGAUCCCUCUGUUAUUGUACACGAUUUGUUGACUCCCUGCUCACCAGGAAGUCCAGGAGCUGUUGAAAUGUCCUGGAUGGAUGUACCAAGUGAUAAACUUUAUGAACCCCCAGUCACAAUGAGUGACAUGCUAAAAUCUAUUGCAACAUCAAAGCCCACGGUUAACCAAGAAGAUAUGGCAAGGCUUGAUAAAUUUACAAACGAUUUCGGUCAAGAGGGAUGAAUACUGCCAUUGCAAAUUGGGUUUUUAAUUUAUUUUAAAUGCUUCACUCUAGCUUUUGAAAAUGCUACCAACCCCUUUAAGAAAUUUCUUUUUAAAUGAGAGGUCUUUAGCAUUGGUUUUUCAUUUCUAACACAAACACACCAUCAUAGAACUUAGUCAAAAUAUUUUCUUUAAAGGGGACAAUAAAAAAAGAGGAUAAAAAUUGUACACCUACAUCAGAAUAUUGAAGCCAGGACA